GAUAUAUUAUGUCUGAGGAGCUUGUGAGAUUAUAAACAAUCGAGUUCAAGUAAGAAAUAGAGAAGCGAUAUGCAAAGAGUCGUCAUAACCAUAAUUAUGUAUUUGAACGAGAAGGCAAUGAUUUUUCAGAUGAUGAUUCAUUAGAUUCUUUGAAAAAUAUUGGAUUAUACAAUUUAUGCAAACCAAUCCGUAAUAAAUCAAUGGAAACUGAACGUACUAUGCCUAAGACUAGCAAAACAUUAUUAAUACGAUUACUCAAACCUAAAAAACAACCAUCAGUCAAUGAAAAUAGAUCAAACAACAAUUCAUUAUAUAAAUCCAGAUCUCAAAGCAAAAAUGGCACUACUCGACUUCGCACUGAGUAUUAUGUUUUAUUUUUAAUCAGAGGUUCAGUCCUUCGAGAAUCAAAAAAUGUAACCUUAAUUUCUCCCAAAUUUCCAAAAAGUCCUUUGUACAUUCAAGUAGAUAAUUUGAUCAAAUCAGCCAAAAAUAAAAAUCUUUACAAACUAAAUAAUUACUCUAUGGCUGUGUGA